AUGGUUCAAUGUUGGGUUCCGCUGUGUUCUCACAUUUCCAACCGAGAAACCUGCAAGUUUUUUAGAUUUCCAGCUAAUUAUGUUGAAUGUAAAGUCUUGGCUAAAUCAGUGAGAAGAGCAGAUACAUAUCCCACAAAAAAUAACAAAAUAUGUAGUUGCCAUUUUAAAGAUGGUUUAAGAGAAAAUGGACCUACUCAAUUUGAAUGGAAUAAAAACUCAUCCUUUUCAUUUACAUCUCCUGAAAAAUAUACCAAGCGUAAGAAGGUAGACGGUGCAUCAUGUUCACAGGAAAACGAAAGUUCAAUUAUUAUUGAAAAUAGUACAACAACUGAAACUUAUGUUUUAACACCUACAAAUAGUAAAAGUGAUGAAGUUGAAAAGUAUUUUCUUCAUAAAGAAAUUGAAGAAUUAAAAAAAGAAAAAUUGUUUCUUAAAAAUAACCCUUUUGGUUACCACUCUAUUGAAUCUGAUAACAAAUUAUUUGAGUUUUACUGUGGGAUUAACCAAAUCCUUAUGACUCUUAUAAAACUAAGAUUGAAUUUAGCUUAUCCAGACUUAGCAUUUAGAUUUAAGACUAGUGAAACCACAUACCUUCACAGAAUAAGAACCAAAAUUGCUUGCCAGAAUGUUUCAAUAAUUUUCAAAAUUGUAGAAACAUUAGAUUGUACUGAAAUUUCAUGCGAUAUUCCUAAAUCCCUUUUGGAUCAAAAGCUCACAUAUAGUUCUUAUAAGAAUAAAAAUACAUUGAAAGGGCUUAUUGGAGUAGCUCCUAAUGGUGUUAUUACUUAUGCUAGUAAAUUGUAUCCUGGAUCCACUUCUGAUAAAAAAAUUGUAGGCCACUGUGGAGUAUUAAAUAUAUUAGAACCAGGUGAUUUAGUAUUAGCUGAUAAAGGCUUCCUAAUUUCAGACUUAAUGCCUCCAGAAACUUCCUUAAACAUUCCCCCUUUUCUUAUGUCUCCGCAAUUCACUCCAAGUGAAGUUCUGAAAACAUAG